UGGUGGAGCUGUGAAGAAGGGGAAGAGUCGAGUGUUGUAUGGAGUAUCAGAGACAUUCCCCGUUGUGGCUGUAGUGGGACUGGGUCCAGCUGAGAAGACAGUAGAUGUGCUUGAGGAGCGAGAUGAAGCUAAAGAAGCAGUGCGCACAGCUGUGGCAGCUGGAUGUCGAUCCCUGGAGGAAGCAGGAAUGAGCCGCAUUCAGGUAGACCCAUGUGGAGAUGCAGAAGCUGCAGCAGAAGGUGCUCACCUUGCAACUUUCAAAUACCAGGAGCUGAAGGCAAAGAAGAAACCAGUGCCAACACUUGAGUGCUUGGUCAAAGAUAAUGAGAGCUGGAUAAGAGGUGCAGUCCUUGCAGAGGGCCAGAAUGUUGCUAGGAGACUAAUGGAGACUCCAGCAAACAUUCUCACUCCCACAAACUUUGCACAGGAGGCAGUCAACAACCUGGAAGGCCUUGGAGUGGAGGUGCUGGUGCGAGGCUAUGAGUGGGCUAAGGAGCGAAACAUGAAUGCUUUCCUCUCAGUCACACGGGGUUCAGUGGAACCUCCAGUCUUCCUGGAGCUGACCUACCGUGGUGCAGACUAUUCAGAAAAACCAUUAGCUAUUGUAGGCAAAGGUGUAACAUUUGAUACCGGAGGAAUAUCUCUAAAGCCGUCAGCAAACAUGGACAAAAUGCGGGCUGAUAUGGGAGGAGCUGCAUGCACUAUUGGCUCCUUACUGGUGGCUGCCUCUUUGCGGCUCCCAAUCAACAUAAAAGGGUUCAUUCCUCUUUGUGAGAACAUGCCAGGAAGCUCUGCAACAAAGCCUGGAGAUGUUGUUGUCGCCUCAAAUGGGAAGUCCAUCCAGAUUGACAAUACAGAUGCAGAGGGACGACUAAUUCUUGCAGAUGCUCUUCACUAUGCCUCACAGCACAAACCACGGGCAAUGAUUGACAUGGCAACGCUGACAGGUGCAAUGGCAGUUGCCCUCGGUGCAGGAGCUGCUGGUGUGUUCAGCAACAGCAGUAUUCUCUGGCAACUGAUGCACAGAGCAGGUGCUACCACAGGAGACCGUGUGUGGAGGAUGCCCCUGUGGAAACACUACUCCAGCCAAGUCACAGAUUGUCACUUGGCUGACAUAAACAACCAGGCUAAAGACAAGCCAGCUGGAGGCUCUUGCUCUGCUGCUGCAUUCCUCAAGGAGUUUGUGACCUGCGACCACUGGAUGCACCUUGACAUUGCAGGGGUCAUGGAGAACAAGGACGAAGUUCCAUAUCUCGGGAAAGGCAUGAGUGGGCGACCCACAAGAACAGUGGCUCACUUUGCUGAGCUUUUAGCUCUUGGGGAAGGGGGAAUAUAAUGAAGUCUAGGUUUCCUGUAUCAUUACAUGGAGUAAGUUUCAGAAAGUAAUAAAUGGUUAUGUGUCCUAAACAGGCGAGAAUAUCAUCAUAUUUAACAGGAUUCAGAAAGUAAUAAAAAAAAAAAAAAAAAACUGUUAAACAUUGUUGUGUGCCCCAUGCAACUGAGACACUUUCAUUGAUUGAGUUGAUUGGCUAGUCAUGGACAAAACAAAGAACCUAAUUAACUACAACAGUAUUUGUAUAUAUGUACAAAAAUGCUUGCAAAGCCAAUUAAAAGAGCAUUUUGUAUACACAGGAUAUACAGAAUGUUCAAUAAAGAAUUCUUUCUAAUUCAUGAUUAUUAAAUGUAACCUUUAAAUUAAGGGCUCCAUCUAAA